UGGGCUGAUGCCUUUCCUCAUGAAUAUGUAGCAUUUGCUCGCUGUUCCGUGUCUGGAUCUGAAGCUCUUCGUUGCUGAAGACGGGAUGUGCGUGUUUCUCCGUUAUAGCUCGAGCUAAUUUCGCUUCAUAAAGUGGCUGGAAAAUCUGCGCUGGAUCACCGAUCGACGCCGGCAUAACCAAGUUUGUCCUCUUACAGCUUGGGGUGGAUAGCAACCGUUGGCUGACAGGGUGUGGAAACGCCCUUCUAUACAUACAAGAAGAGAAGAGCGGAUGUGAGAACCUGACAGCGGCGAUCAGGAACAAAGAAGAAAGACAGAAAGGGAGCUGUGCUGGACACGUUGUACAAAACUGCAACAACUGUAUGGUCUCAACACCCAUACGUGCGUGAUCAGAAAUUAAUGAUUUUGUGAUCAGGAGCAAAAAGAUCUGUCCUCGGUGGAACAGGUCGGCUGGACGUAACUAGAAGAAGCGCAUGGUGUCGAGGCUCGUAGACGUGAUCCGAAAUCCGCUCCGCUGCUGCUGCCGCGAGUUGCCGACGUCGGGCUCUGUAGGGCUACAAGCUGCUUACUAAGGCGAUUAUAGAGGAAUUUGAGUAGCUGUAGAGCCCUAGGCUGCUUGAAAAGGGAAUCAGCCUGUGUUGCGUCCUCCUUACGGCUAGCUGGGGCACGCAUCACUUUUCAAGAAGAGUGACGAUCAAGCCCGCCGCUGUGCAAUCCAUAUCCUUGCCAGAAUGAUGCAGCUAUCCGAUUCCCACAAUCAGAAGAAUUCUCUGUUCACCGCUAUGAACCGAUUCAUUGGUGCUGUUAACAACAUGGAUCAGACGGUGAUGGUUCCCAGUCUCUUAAGAGAUGUGCCACUGGAAGAGGAUAAGAAUAUUAGUCCCAUCACACCCAGCAAUGGGUCAGCCACGUACUUCUACAAUGGCGACAUGUACAGCUAUUACGUCCUCCUGAAGUCUAUUAGGAACGACAUCGAGUGGGGAGUCCUGCAAGCAGACGACAGGAGAAAGGACAAAGUCGGCAUAACUGGCCUAGAGAUUUCCAGAAUCGACCCAGAAAACGAAGAUGAAGAUCUGGAGAAACUCUUUCAUUUUCAUUUAAGCGGUCUGCACGCAGUCCUGUCCAAACUGACACGCAAGGCUAAUACGCUCACUAACAGGUACAAGCAGGAGAUUGGCAUUGGGGGCUGGGGACACUAACAAAGCUCGCCCCCUUCGCUCAGUUAAAGUAACCUAGAAAAUGAGGCCAACUACCUUUUUGCACUAAUGGCUGCAGUUUAUUGAAUUAAUUAGUCAUGGAAAAGAGAUUAAUUUGUGCUGACCUUAAAUUACUUCCCCUUAAUAUAUUUGCACUAGGCUACUUCUGCUGUAUCACAAUAAUGGUGUUGCUGGGAAUCCAUGGUUUGCAUUCGAAGACAUCAAUUUAAAAGUGGUUGUGUGUGUGUAUAUUUGACUUGUGUAAUUGAAAAUCCAGUUGUUCCCAGUUAAAUGUGCAAUCACACAAAACAACUUAAAAACAAAAACCUGAAUUUUUCUAGUGCAACAAUGCAGGAUCACAGUGAGUCACUGUGUAGCGGAUACUACUGCUCAUUAACGUAAUCAAAGCUCUUGAGGAAAUCCGAAGUAAUACUGUAACGUUUAUGAAUUGUACAUCUUCAAAAAUCUAUGACCUGGAAUCUGAUAGUUCUGUUGAUUUCAAUGAAUAAUGAAAGAUUCCAUGAGAUGGUGUGACAAAGAUGAUGUUACUGAUAUUAUAAAAAUUUGUUUCACAUAUUAUUGUUUAUAUGCAGUGCUGCUUGAACGUAGGUGAGCCUCUUCUGUCCCUUGGUUUUACCACAAAAUUAUUUAAUCAGAUAUGCCUGAGUGCCUUUGUCUCAUCUGCCAUAAUAGGUGUGUAAUGAUAAAUUCAAUAUUUUGGUUUAGAGGGAAUCGUGUGUGGUAGAAAAACGAAAGUAGUGCAGGUGCAAAAAUAAGUGAACCCCAAGUUGUUGGUUAAUCCAAGUAAGUAAGUAGAAUCGUGUGUAAAUCAUAUGUUUUAUUGGUUUAUUUUAGGAUCUAAGAUCUAGAUUUUAUAACUUUAUUUUACGCAAGAUUAAUUGCCAUCCCUACAGGGUUCACAUACUUUCAAGCAGCACUGUGUGUAUGUAUAUGUUAUGUUUGUUUUCAUAAAUACUUGACUUCAUGCUUAAAGUGUCUUAUUUUUUGUCUUAAAGGGCUGUUUAUUUUUGGUCUCUGAUAGCAAUUGCACUGUGCUCAACCAAAGUGCACAAUGUUAUUGAAUAUUAGAGCAAAGUUUUUGAAAUGGUUAUUUUUGCAAUUGCAGAAUUAUUCUUAGAGUUUUGGGAUUUAAUGUUGCAGUUCUUACAAAAUAAAUGGGAGGAUGUGAUGCCCUGCUGUAAAUUAAAAGUAAUAACCAGUUAAUAAUUAACAAUGUCAAAGAUAUAAAUAAAGGAUACUGACCUUGCCUCCCAAGCUUUGCCCAAGGUGUCAAACUGAGAUUUACAAAAGUCAACAAAACAUUUUUUCUGUAGGUGGGAUUAAUAAUUUUAUCACUAUCCAGAUAAAACUGUUGUUCAGGUAUUGCUCUCUAGUGUUUCCUGACAUCUUCUCA